AUUUUAACUGCCCUGCAGGUGAAAGUUCACUUUUGAGCAGCUAGGCAAGGAAAAGGAAAGAGAUCUAAGUGAGCUCGUUGUGUUUCAGAAACCCAUUGCUGUUUACACCUUCAGCAACGCCCAGAAAGCAGAACCUCGUGUCUGCCGUCAGCGUGGGCCGCUGCCUUGUCAGGCAUGCUGUGGGUGACAUUCUUACUGCUUUUGUGUGCCUCGCUGACCCGGCAGAAACAGAUGGAUGAUGGUAGUCCCCAUUUGUCUGAUGACAUCUACUUUCUUGAAUCCUUUGAGUCUGGCUUCUUUGAUGGGGAUUGGGUUCGAUCUGAGGCCAAAAAGGAGGAGAAUGGAGAAAUGAUGUUAAAAUAUGAAGGAGAGUGGGCGAUAGAAUUACCACAGGAUCGUCGGCUACCAAGAAAUAAUGGGCUGGUGUUGAAAUCGCCAGCGAAGUUACAUGCCAUCGCUUCUUCAAUGCGCCGAGUCUUUCACUUCAAGGAUAAGCCGCUUAUAGUGCAAUAUGAAGUCCACUUUCAGGAUGGUGUUGACUGUGGAGGAGCAUAUAUAAAACUCCUCUCUCACAGGGAUGACCUUGAUCUGACUCAAUUCCAUGAUAAGACUCCAUUCUCCAUCAUGUUUGGACCAGACAGGUGUGGUAAGGAUUAUAAAAUGCAUUUCAUCUUCCGGCACAGAAAUCCAUUCACUGGCCUGUAUGAGGAGAAACAUGCCAAGAAACCAAGUGCUGACCUGAACGAGUACUUCACUAGCCAGCAGAGCCACUUGUAUUCACUUGUUUUAUAUCCAGACAACCACUUCAAAAUCCUCAUUGACCAAUCAGUGAUUAAUGAAGGGAGCCUAUUGAAAGACAUGUCCCCACCAGUCAUUCCCCCAAAGGAGAUCGAAGACCCUGAAGAUACUAAGCCGGAGGAUUGGGACGAUCGAAUUCAGAUUCCGGAUCCAAAUACCCACAAACCACUGGACUGGGAUGACGAUGCCCCUCGUUGGAUGCCUGAUCCUACGGCUGUGAAGCCUCUGGGCUGGCUGGAUGCAGAGGACCCAUUUAUCUCCGACCCAGACGCAGAAAAGCCAGAAGACUGGGAUGACUCAAUGGAUGGAAACUGGGAGGCUCCUCUGAUUCCCAAUCCUGUGUGCACAGUUGCCCCUGGAUGUGGGGAGUGGACGGCACCCACAAUACUCAACCCUGCUUAUAAAGGCAAAUGGAAGCCACCCAUGAUCCCAAACCCCAACUACCAGGGUUUAUGGAAGCCUAGAAUGAUCCCAAACCCGGACUAUUUUGAAGAUCCUCACCCAUUCCGUAUGGAUGCUAUAGGAGCUGUGGGUCUGGAGCUGUGGUCAUUGACCCCUAACAUCUUUUUUGAUAAUUUAUUAGUUUGUUCUGAUGAGAAGGUGGCAGAACAAUGGACUGCUAACAUGUGGGAAAAAAAGCAGCCAGGAAUUUUCUCGAAGCUGUUAGCGGCAGCAGGAAAGCGGCCAUGGCUCUGGGGACUCUAUGUGUUUACUGUGGCCUUACCAGUGGUCCUUUUCAUCAGCAUUUGCUGGCCAGACAAGCGAUUUGGUCCACCAGAUCAGGAUUAUUAUUAUAAAAAGACAGAUGAUCCACAGCCAGAUGACCCUGUAGACCCAGAGAGAAACUCAAGCGCCCAAGCAUUCUCAAGAAGAAAAGAUGGUUGUACCUGAAGAGAUCUGCAGUACCUGAUUCACUGAUCUACCACCGAGGGCUCAGCUGAAGGGACUACAUUGCAAGAAGAAGGAUUAUGGAAAGGAUUUCAGGAAUUAUAUGCAAUAAUCCAUACCAGUGCAACUUUUUUUUUUUGGAAAAAAGCUACUUCAUUGUGGACAAAUCAAUAAAACAAAAUUGUGCUCCAUAUUUGAAUUAUCAAUACUUUAAAACUGUACAGGGAUACCUUUGGAUGUAUUCAGCUCUUUUAGCAUGUACAGGACAAGGAGUCUCGUAUUACAUACACAUUCACAAAUAUGCAUGUUUUUCCCCAAAGUCAAAAAUACAUUUGUCCAUUUUGAAAAGCUUUUUCUUCGAUUACAGGUCUGCAGGUGGCCCCAUGUUGUCCCACCAGUAUCAGAAGUAACGCAGAAACCGACACUGGAUGUGAUAGCAGCCUCCCGCAGAGCUCACUCACUCACACAGGACAAAUGCGAACUUUAAGGACGACAGGUGUAAUUCUGUUAACAUAGUCAUGCACAGUACAUAUACUAGGUUUGAGUUCAGACAUUUUGGCUUAUUAGACAUUCCUUGAAUGUCAUGUCAGUCAGAUAUAUGACCGAUGCCAAUAUAUUACAGUCCUACUGGACUAAUGUAGGGUGUUGCUUUUAUGGUACUGUUUGGAAUAAAUAAGAUUAUUAUUGAGCAUGCGAACUGGACUAAUAAGAUAUCAGCUAAAAAAAUUAUAUAAUUUUCAAGGUCAUGUAAUUAUGGAAAUCUCAAAUGUAAAGCUCAAAAUCUUAAAACAAUUUUAGCAUGGUUUAAUUAUGCAGUAUAUACUGUAUUUACAUUUUUAUUACCAUAAACAAUCUAAUUUAGGCAAAACAUUCCAAACAAAUGACGACAAUUUGGCCUUUUCCAUGUUUCAACAACUACAUUUUUGAUUUGCUGCUCCUUCUAUAUGGUAUUUGUUGGUUUUGCUUUGAUAAUCUAAUGUCUCUAUAUUUUCACUCAUUUAAAUCUGUUCAUUUGCUCCAAAAGUUCAUAUUUUUUAUGAACUAGUAUGAAUUAUGGAAAAUAUGAAGUUAGAUGUGUAAAGAGGCUUGGCUAGUCAAGUGUCACAAGCUCCUUUAAAAGAGAAUGUUUGCCUACUUGUUAAAGAGGGAAUAAAAAACUGAAGCUCUGGGUUU